AUGCCCACCCAAUCAUCCAAUCGCGGAUCACCUGCACUCACAAAGUCUACUUCCACAACAGGAUCCAAAGGAAAGCUUUUCCAAUGCACAGGCUUUGGUGACUGCCGGAUGGUAUUUACUCGUAGUGAACACCUUGCUCGUCAUGCGCGAAAACAUACGGGUGAGAAACCAUUCCAAUGUGUAGUGGAUGGGUGCACGAGAAUGUUUAGCCGAUUUGAUAAUAUGGUCCAACACACACAGACACAC